AACUGAGUCACGAGAGCUAAUCAAGGAAUAAAAACAAACCAGAGCCCGUCAGGAGUUAAGUCGAGUUCCUCGAGCUGAAGCGAGAUGGAGUCGAUGGGCUCUGAAGAUCCCGAGGGUUCUGCCGGGUCUGAGGUCCACACGGCGAUGCUGUGGAGCAUCCAGGAGGCGGUCCAGAGGCAGACUCUUCAGAUCGGGAUCUCUGCGUGCGGAGCCACGGCCCUGGUGGACGUCCUGCAGGCGCUCGGCAUCAUCGCGGUCGCCCCGGAGACGGUGAACUCCUGCGUGAGGACGAGUCUGAGGAGGAACACGGCGCCGCUGCACGACUACCUGCACUCGCGCAGCAACGCCGGGGCGACGCACCUGCAGCUGAUCGACGGGGCGCACCAGGCCAGCGCGGGGCUCGUCGUGGGCCGGUUCUUCGGGCUCUUUCCCCGCCGCAGGGUCAAGCUGGUGCCCUGGUUGGCCCGGUGGAUCCUGCGUGGAGCCGUUCCCGUCGCCACCAUGAACAUGCAGAAAGCCGUUCCCGAAGGAGAGGAGAUCCCCGACGCCUGGCACCACCAGCUCAUCUUCGGCGUGGGACCCAGAGCCGUGUUCAUGACCAACCCUCUGGAUGUGGUGAGUGAAGAGGAGGUUCAUGAGCGUCUUUGCAGCGAGUCUGUGCUGCUCAUUCGCCGGGAGGAUGUUCUGAAGAGACUGACACCAGAUGUUGACCUAUCACAGAUCUCAGAUCAGCAUCCCGACCUGCGCUGGAAGACAUUAAAUGUGGAGGGUCAGGUUAGAGAGAUGAUCAGGGAAGAAGAGCGGAAGGACGAAGAGCGGCCGAAGACGUCGCACCUGAUGAUCCCCGCGGCGUACAGCUCUGGAGUGACUCUCUUCGCUCUCCGAGACUCGGACGUCGGGCGAGAGCUCCUCCACACGCCGGAGCUGCCUCUGCUGUGAAUCUGCACUUCAGCUCACACUCCUCAAAUGCAGUUCAACUUGAGCCUUUACGCUCCUCAAACGCUUCUUUAUAGUGGAAAAAGGUUCUAGAUUAUUCAAAUGUUCUUUGCACUAAGAAAAAUAAGCUUAUUUGUGGAAUCAAAAAUGGUUCUUCUGUAAAAAUAAACUUUUGGAACCUGUAUUUUUAAGAGUGCAUGUUGAUUAUGAUGAAAUCUACAGCUGAUUAAGUUAUUAAGGAUCAAUAUCAUGUCUUUGGGAUUUUAAAUAGAUGUGUUUUGUGUUAACAAUAUUUUUUUUUUCAUGUUGUUUGAGCGUUUAUCAAAUAAAAAAGGCAAGAAAUGCACAUGUUAGUCCUA